AGAUAGGGAUUCCAUAAGAAGGGCGGCCGUCGGAGAGAGAUCGAUCUUACUGAUCAAGAAGAGUGUGCACGUUCGAUCGACGAGAGAGGAAGCUCCGGCGGCGACGACGACGGGAUGAACAUCGACAUCACUGCUGGGGCGAAGCCGGAAUACCCGGUGAUAGACCGCAACCCGCCCUUCACCAAGACCGUCGCCAACUUCAGCACCCUCGAUUACCUCCGCCUCUCCACAAUCACCGCCGUCUCCGUCACCGUCGGCUACCUAUCCGGGAUCAAGCCCAACGUCCGCGGACCUUCCAUGGUGACCGGAGGCAUCAUCGGGCUUAUGGGUGGUUUCAUGUAUGCAUACCAGAACUCUGUCGGCCGACUCAUGGGUUUCUUCCCCAACGAGGCUGAGGUGGCCCGCUAUAAGAAGGCGUAGCCGGUGUUGCCGAUCCUUCGAAUAACGAAGUCUUGUUCUUGUUUCCUGCCACUCCUUUCCUUCUGCUAGGGAAUAAAGACUUAGCUUUGUCCUUUAUUAUGGCACAGUUGCAUUUGGUUAGUAUUAUAAACUUGUUGCUUCCUGUUGUGCAUAAUAUGACAUUCUCAGCUUCGUGCGAGACUGAGUGAUUGAUGCUAUAAUUGUUUUGCCUUAUUGUAGUGACACUGGUCAUUUUUGCAAGAUUGACUUGCUCAUAGAUUUGCAUUUGAUUAUUAUUUUACACUAA